UCAGUGUCUUCCUCACUUACACAAGCAUCUCCAGUUGUUAUCUUUUAGCGGAGAAAGUGACCAGAAAGUAUUCUUUUCUUUCGAAUAUUCUGCGAUAAACUCAGAGCUGUCGAGACGGACUAACAGUGAUAUAAGGAACGGGCGGUGUGGAGAGCUUUUACGCGUUUGAUUUUUUUAUUUUUAUUUUUUUUUUACAAAUGCAGAAAAUGUGCGGAGUAUUCGAAUAACUGUCAUCUUCGCGAUGGGGUACGGGUUGGUGGUUCUCUCUGCCGGCUGUUCGGGUUUGCUCAGCUUUUGCUUCCUCGCCGUUUCAAUCGGAACUGAUUAUUGGUACAUUAUCGAUGUGAAUAAGCCUAACUACACUGACUCCGCGGAGCUGAGUUCCUACUCUGGACUGUGGAGAAUUAAUGAAGGGUCGAACAAGAGUUCGGUCAUCCCUUCCUUUACGGCCAACAUGUCCGCCCUGUCUGAUGUGGAGAGGCACCUUCUCAAGCUCCACAAGGCGGUGGUCAUCAUAUUGCCACUGGGCUUGGUGCUGCUGGUGUUUGGUUGGAUUUUCGGGCUCGUCAGUUCGUUGGCCUGCAGCCCGAAGCUAUUGACCGGAACCGCAUUCUACUUUCUCAUCUGCAGUCUCUUCACCGUGACUGGGGUAAGCCUCUACAUCGAAUACUCCAACAAGGCCAUGGAGGAGUUCCAGCGCGUCGUGGCCCCAAAAGAGCUCGCUUAUGUGAAGGUGUCAUUCGGUUGGUCCUUCAUCAUGACUUGGAUCUCCUUCGCUUUGGAGCUGGCCGCCGGCCUGCUUCUGCUGCUGGCUGCUAAGAUCAUUCAAAUGAGAGGACGCUACGACUGUGGCAUCGCCGUCACUUUGUGAAUGUCAAAAGUCUUGCAGUUGACCUUUUGUUAAGUCACAACCCCCUAAAAAAAAGGCAGACCGACUCAUCACAGCAGAGCACACAUGAGAGGUCCUGAACUUCUCGCCAUAGCAUCCUAUUGAACACAAUCCAUUCAUCCUUCUCAAGGUGGAGCCUAAUCCAGCUGACCCCAGACUGGUUGCCAGCCAAUCAAACAAGUUGUGCCUCUCCCUAAGAAUGCACACAAUCCCGACCUCAGAACUGUAAGGCAGAUCACCCACUAGUCCACCGCACUGUGUAGAACACUAUUUUGACCACAUUUUUAUUUAUUUGAACCUUUUUUUUUUUUUAAUGGUUCAGCUUCCAAAACCCCAGACUAACCCAGACAAAUUGCGAGCUGCUGAUAAAGCCCUGCGCACCCUUCUGCCUGCUGUUUCAGUCUAAAAUGUCAUUUUUUUUCCCCACCCCCAAAAUUUGAUAAUGCUCCUCCAGGCAGUGCAGACAAUGUCAGUUUCCAGAGCUUGAUGCUAGCAACGGUUACCAAGGCGGAAUGGGUCUUAGCGAAAGGUCAAUAACUGUAAGAAAAAAAAAAAGUGCUACAAAAGCCCACCUCAUUCUAUGUGACUAUGGUGCAUAAAGUUAAAUUCUAUUUGUCCUUUUAAUGUAUUUGUUUUUUACAUUUAAUCAUACAUACAUAUAUAUAUAUAUAUAUAUAUAUAUAUAUACAGUAUAUCACUGUACAAUCAGUUCAGCUCUACCAUAUUGAUCAUCACACCAAUCCAUUUGUACAAGUUAAUUAUAUCAGCAGGCAAAAACAUGAAAGGUAACAGUAGUAACUAAACAAAUGAGAUUUGAUGAAGCAUUGUUGCGCUUCAGUCAAAAUGUCACUGGAGACAAGUCGUGUUAUGAGUUUGUGUCAUCUACAGUACUAAUCGGGUCGCAACGUAAACAGGUGGAACUCAGUGCACCAUGGGAAAUCACCGCGUGAAUCGAGGUCUAAUCAAGCCCGAGUCAGCCUGAACGAUAAGAUGUGGAAAGCUGCAGGAUUGAAAGUGCAAGAUUGGUUACUAUUAA